AGCAACACUAUCAGCAGCGUUGACUGUACGGAGAGGCAGUUUAGAUAUAUAAACCAAAUUAAAAAUCGAAUAAAAUCAAAACCACCAGUCGACAAACGAAUACACUUUUGAAAAUUGCCAGUAAUUGGAGAACGCGUGCUUUGAUAAGAGGUGGAAAGUCGCGCACCACCAGAACCAGGGAUGCAACGCGCACGACGCGACGAGAUUAUGACAUUUUCGCUGUCAAGUAAAGUUACAGCUGUGUCGUCUGCUGGCCGCGAUCCUGAGCCUGCCCUUGUAAUUUAUUGAAAUUUGUAGUUUUGGCAAUGUUUUCCACCACCACACACUCCGUGCCCUACCUGUACCUAGGCAACUUCAGCAGAAAGCCGCACUACUACUCCGUUAAUCGAACCAAGCUGCACGGGAGCGCGGGAGCUGCCCGGUUGUCCAAGUCCACGUCCACGUCCAGCCGGAGUCAUGACCUAGUGCUCGACCUGCGGAACCUGCUGAGCCGUUCGAGCGCCAGUAUACAGGGCAUGGUGGAGAGGGCGGCUCGACUGAAUGGCAUUCUCGACCGGCGGCUGGUCGAUGAUGUGCUGGCCAAGGUGACGAGCAUGCUGCCCUCCAUGCGCGAUGUCCGAGUCACGUUGGAGGAGUCGGCCACACAGAUCGGUCGUGUCCAGCUGCAAAAUUAUCAGUUCGAAGUUUCGCUAACCGGUGCAGCAGGUUCCGUGCCCACAGGCGCCAAUGUCAAGGUGAUUCCAACUAUUACACCAGGUCUUCUUCGUCCGCUCUUCUCACAACAACAGCUAAAUCAGAUACGUGGCUUUAAGACGGAUCGUUCCAUUGAGGCGGAACAAAAGCGCAAUCCCACAAUGACCUCCCGACUAAAGAAUGCUCUGGCCAACUCGCCCCAGCGUCUGGAUGGGGACACACCCCUUCAGGCUGAAAAACUGAGACGGCUGCUGGCCAAAUCCGAAGAGCAUGGAUUUAAUAAAGCCGAGAGCCUGAAAAUUGCCUUUGCCGAGGGCUACUUGGCCGCCGCUAACUCGGAGGACUCUCCAAAAUCAGGAAAAACUAUGAAAUAUCUGAAGACUUUGCAGACUAUCGUCGUUAUCGUCGUGUUCUUGGGCAUUUUCCUGAGCUUCUUUACAACCUCCAAUGGAUCCGUAUUUCGCAUACAACUGGGCAACCAGGUUGAAGUGGACCCUGAGGAGAUCAACGUCACUUUUGAGGAUGUCAAGGGUUGCGACGAAGCCAAGCAGGAGCUCAAGGAGGUCGUUGAAUUCCUGAAGAGUCCGGAAAAGUUCUCAAAUUUGGGCGGAAAGCUUCCAAAGGGAGUGCUCCUGGUUGGCCCGCCGGGUACUGGCAAAACACUGCUGGCCCGUGCCGUCGCCGGUGAAGCCAAAGUUCCUUUCUUCCAUGCUGCCGGACCGGAGUUCGACGAGGUGCUCGUAGGCCAAGGAGCCAGACGAGUGCGUGAUCUGUUCAAGGCAGCAAAGGCCCGUGCCCCUUGUGUUAUCUUCAUUGACGAAAUCGACUCGGUGGGCGCCAAGCGAACCAACUCUGUGCUGCAUCCUUACGCCAAUCAGACCAUCAAUCAGCUGCUCUCCGAGAUGGAUGGCUUCCAUCAGAACGCUGGCGUCAUUGUUUUGGGAGCCACCAAUCGUCGCGACGAUUUGGAUCAGGCUCUGCUGCGUCCCGGCCGAUUUGAUGUAGAAGUCAUGGUGUCGACGCCCGAUUUCACUGGACGUAAGGAGAUAUUGUCUCUGUAUCUGACGAAGAUUUUGCACGAUGAAAUAGACUUGGACAUGCUGGCGCGCGGCACCUCUGGUUUUACUGGAGCGGAUCUGGAAAACAUGAUUAACCAAGCGGCGUUAAGAGCUGCCAUCGAUGGAGCCGAAACGGUCAGCAUGAAGCAUUUGGAAACGGCACGAGACAAAGUACUUAUGGGACCCGAGCGCAAGGCUCGUCUACCGGACGAGGAGGCCAACACCAUAACCGCUUACCACGAGGGCGGCCACGCGAUUGUGGCCUUCUACACCAAGGAGUCGCAUCCGCUGCACAAGGUGACCAUCAUGCCCCGCGGACCCUCCCUUGGACACACCGCCUACAUACCGGAGAAGGAGCGUUACCAUGUCACAAAGGCACAGCUGCUGGCCAUGAUGGACACCAUGAUGGGCGGUCGUGCUGCUGAGGAACUGGUCUUCGGCACGGACAAGAUUACGUCGGGAGCCAGCAGUGAUCUCAAGCAGGCAACCUCGAUCGCGACGCAUAUGGUCAGGGACUGGGGCAUGUCGGACAAGGUCGGUCUUCGCACCAUCGAGGCGUCAAAGGGUCUGGGCACCGGUGACACCCUUGGUCCCAACACCAUUGAAGCCGUGGACGCGGAGAUCAAGCGCAUCCUCAGCGACAGCUACGAGCGGGCGAAGGCUAUCCUGCGAAAACACACCAGGGAGCACAAAGCGCUUGCGGAGGCGCUUCUCAAGUACGAGACUCUUGACGCCGACGACAUCAAGGCAAUACUGAAUGAAAGCCAGACGUAGUUCCCCCAUCGGUGUGGUUUGAUGGUGUUCAAGGAUCCAAUUGGAAGGCCGGGUUGGUCUGCCACCGGACAUUCAGCUGAACUGCUAAAUAUUUUUAGUUACAAUAUACAUAUAUAAAAAACCGGAGAAAAAAACCAAGCAAGAGCGAGACGCAGACGGACAGUUAAGAAAUAAAAUGUUACACAUAUUCAGUUAUGUUUUCCAUCAUUCACGUUAGAAUUAAAUAUUAGUUUGAGUAAUAAAUUAAUUUGAAGUGGAAUCCACAUAUUGUUUGCGCGCCCAUAUCGAUGUGACCAGACUACUGCAACCUAUGUUAGAAACCAUUUUCUAGAACUUAAGUUAUAAAUAUAUUUUCAAUGUUAAAGACAUAAUUAACAAAUAUAGUUUUGAUCACAUUUUUUGUGGAAUCCAUUCC